AGAAGUCGACAGAGUCAGGCGUGCUCGAUAAAUAGACGUGUAUAUAUAUAUAUAUAUAUAUAUAUAUAGGAAAAGGUGGGACUAUCUAGGUCAAAAUCUGCUUAAUGUUGUCUUGGUGCCAUUUGGUUUAACAAUUGGUGCCACUGAUGAGAAAAAUAUAUCAGUGUAUUUGUUAAAGGCAUUAGAUGGACUAUUAAUGGUUCUCCGUGAAAAAGUCAGUCGUUUAUCAAAGUAAAAGAAAAAAUUAUUUUCUUUCAAGGAAAGGCUAUGAUUUAACUUAAGAUAUAAGAAUGGGAUGCUCAUCUAUUAAAUCAUGAUAAUAAUUUAUUAUAAUAAUGAUGACGAAAAAAAAAUGAUGGUUUAUCUGUCAUGUGUUCAUAUGAAAUUCAGGCUUCUAAUGGCCCAAGUAUUAACAAAUCGACGAGUUCCAUUAUUUGUUAUCUUGCUCAAGAAGUGACAAAGAACGGUGAUAAUGUGCAUCGUUCUCCGAAGCCAACUGUACUGGGUUUUGUAUAACUACUGUGCUUAUGCAUGAUUUUCGAGUAAAUAAUUAUCUAUUAUAAAUUCAGAUCCUCAUCACCUGAAGUGUGAUGGAUAUGUCGACGAUAUUCUUUUGUCCAAAUCGUGCGUCAGGUUAACAAAGUUGCCAAAAUUGUUUUUAAACGCAACCAUAUAUGACACAAAAAUAAAAUGCCUUAACUCGUCAUAUAUAUACCACAGAAUACUUUAAAUUUCUUUAUAAAGGUACUCACUUUGACACAUCCUUAAAAUGUAGUAACACGUAUAACCGAAUCUCACUCUCACGCAUAGAACCGCAGGGUAGUCAUGUAAUAGAACUCUACGUAAUGAUCUUUACAAAACCUACUGCCAGUUUGGCUUGGAAAACAUAACGUUGUGACAGCUGAAAUGGUUGCUUCUUUAUGGCCUAAUAAAAGCUUGAUAAAAUGCAAAAAGAAACAAUAUUGUGUGUCAAAUAGUUCGACCUUUCGACAUUUGGUGGAAGAAACAUCGCGAAUUGCGUUACAUUUCUGGCUUUUAUGCAUCUUAGAAAUGAUGACCACUUGAUAGUAUUCAAGUCUUGAAUUAAUGCUUCGUUGUUAGAGAAAACAAAGCGGCCUACGUUGCCAUCUUUCGUUGUAUAUUUUUCGUGGUUUCAUAUUUGCAUCAUUUAUAAAUUAUUUAUCCGAUUCUUAUAAAGAAACUAAACAUUCAAUCAGUAAAAAAUUUAUAUUUAGGAAUUAAAAAAUUAUACUACUUGCAUGUUAACUGAUAGUGAUUGGAAUAGAAUCACAAACAAUAUAUCCUCAAUCUAGCUAAUAGAUUUUUGCUUUACUUGGGAUACUUAUACAUUGAUAAGCUUAUGUCUUGAUUAUAAUUCUUCCUCGUUAAAAGUCAGCUAAACAGUUACAGGACCUUUUUUAAAAGCAUCAUCUACGAUGUCGCGCACUAGCUUUCGUAGGAAUAUAGUAAAACAGUGUCACUUUUUUCCACAAAAAAAGACUAAAUACAACAUAUGGCUAAGUUUCUCGUUGAUGUGAAAUUAAGAACUUCUUAAUGUGCGAGAGCUCUUUUCGUGAGCUGUUGUUCUAUCGAAAAUUCGACACUCCCAGCCGGCGCAGCCGCAUCGUCACCAGCAUGUGCUACCAACACAACAAACAGAUCAUUUAGACGUGCUAUAUACUGCGCCUCUCGCAAAUGUGGGCCGAUGCUAGAGCACAAGUUCUUGAAAAAAAUAAGUCGAAGGCGCGUAAUACUAAGAAAAAGGAUAAGGAUGAUGGGGAGUUUGACGUUGAACGAGUGCGCUUCGAAGUUCUUAAAUUUGGAAUCGACAAUGAUAUGGAACGAGAACGGAGACUGAACGCUAAACAGAAGCUCCUGGUACAACUCGGAGCCAAGCCACCUAAAAACCAAUACCUGAAUUACAAGAAGCUUAAGGAACAACUCAAAGCCCAAAAGGAGGAACAACAUUUACCACUUCAUAGCAUGAUGGGUCAAAAAUCAACGAUCAAGUCACAGUUAUCGAAACGAAAGAGUAAAAAGCAGAGGUCGAUCGACAUUACGGCAGGGUACGGAAAGCUACGAAACGGGGAACUCAUUGUUGGAAAAGAUACGAGGAAAACAUUCAAGAGGAUUCAAAUGAAAGCACAAAAGAUGCAACAAGGAAAAGUUACGGGGAGGAUAGCCCCAAGGUAGAAUGAGCCUUGUUGUCGCAUUGUAUAUAUGAUAGAACAGAAAUAAAAGUUUCGCCUUUGAUAAAAAUUUCUACUUUUCGUUAGCUUCGCCUUUUAAGCUUGUUUUGUAGUUCCGAAUAAUUGGUAUUUUUGUAAUUUGUAGACAAAAGUUCAUUUAGUUUGAAUACUAGUUUCUGUAAUAGAACUACUGAAACUAGUCCUGCUUGCUGACAUCUAGAUGAACUUAGCAAAAUCUUUAAAUAUCUGCGUUUUUUAAUCUAACAGGUUGAAAACAGUAUGUUGUUUGAUACAAUAAAUAACAAAAUAUAUAUAACUUUAUUCGUCAUUGCGAUCAUGUGUCUUUUUUCUCAGUCUCCUCCUUGAACCUCCUCCCACUAUGUUCUUGUUCGCCAUUUCGCCUGGAAUUGUUUCAUACGGGCUCCUCAGCUUCUUCGUUAACAUCAUCCGCAAACAAGCAGCACUAGCAAUUUGCCACUAUUGCGUCUCGCUUCUUUCUGCAAUUCAUAACGUUUCUUUCUUCCUCUCUCCCUUUGUUGUUAUUAUUAGCAUUACCGUUGUUAUUACUUAUUAUUAUUAUAAUAUUAAUUAACUUAGCCAUUUUAUAGCAAUGCCCAAGGUACAUGGGGAUUUGGUUGCAUCAUCCACUCAUAUUUUUUUGACAUCAUUUAUGACAUCGUUACUUAUUGUCAUUAUAUCAAUGUCUCAUUUGCUUCAUUAUACUCAAUUGUUAUUCAUUUUUCGCUUCAAAGCGAAGCAUGUACGCAGUUGUCCUUAUUCAUCCUACAGUUAACGAUGAUACUCCAUUUUCCAUAAUUAGCUAGCAUGCGUUUGAGAAACCCCAUUGGCCAUUUUAGUCUUGUCAUUUUUGUGUGUGUCAAAUCUGUGCUGUCUGUCUAUGCUGUAAUGUAUUGAAACAAACACUCGGAUGUUUUUAUACUCGUCACCCCUAUAGAUUUCACAUUUUCCAUUCCUCAUUAAUAGUUUGCUCUUAACUACUUACUUAACAGUCAUUGUUGCUGUUUUAGCAUGAACACCAUCAUCCUUCAACGCGCAACAAUAUUCGAACGACGCCUAAUUAUGUAUUAUGUAUAGAAUAUAUUUAUAUGUAUAGUACAAUACGAAUAGGGAAAAAUGAAUGAGAGAAGGAGAAAGAGCAAGUGUCCCUUGAGCUCGCAGGAUUUCGCUUAGUGGAUAGAAAAUACAUAUUCGUGCCAGAAAGAUUAUUAUUAAUUCGAAGAAUCGGGGACGUCACGUCGAUGAGAGUUUAUUCAUAUCAUUAAUGAAGCAGUAGUAUCGAAUAGUAGUUCAUGCUAGUAUUGAGGAGAUGAGGAUGACGUUAUCCAUUUUAGUUAAUUUAAUGAUAAUAUUUUUCUGUAACUGUAUAAUGUCUCUUUCUCUUUCUCAUGCCGCUCUCUAACUUUAAUAUACAUAACAUCUUAAUUUAACAUAUACAUAUACGGAAAAUAUAAUGCGUUAACUCUCGUCAAAUUUGUCAUCGUUGUUACAAUUGUGAUCAUGUUUGCUGCUGCUGCCCUUAUUACGGUCUCUUGUAGUUAAUUUGUUGUUAGUAUUAGAUAUGAUCAUUCUCGUUAUAUGUUAGCGUGGUAAAUGUUGUGAGCAUGUUCUUAUAAUAGGUUACAAAAUAUUAAUAAUCAAUAUGAUUAAGCUGUACAAGCCAAUUCCAGCUUUUCUGUUUUCUAGUCUUUAUGCGUUUACAUGAAAAUUGUUUCACAGCUUCCGAUCAGUUAGGUCGCCAACUUCAAUUCAAAUGUUCAUGAUUAGACCAUCUCCAAGUUUUCGUUUGUCGUUGUCGGGUGAUACCUAUAAAUGAACCGUCUUUGUGUUUCUUCCGCUCAUCAAGGGUGUUUUCCUUACAGGCUGAUGCUAUCGAUCUCUUGUAGCCAUCCUGUUAUACUCUCAAACGUAGAUCUCAUUACGAUUGUUUGCGGCUUCUUCAAACAAAACAUACCGUGCUCAAAUACAUCGAUUAUUGUUGCACCAUAGCUUACAUUUCGGUGACACUUUUGCCGAUUUGCCAUCUUUGUUUUAUCUUUCUUUCGAUUCGGAAUAAAAACAUUUUGUCCCUUUUCUGAUUUUCAUUCGCAAGCGAGCGCUAGCAAGAAUUAGGUAGAGAAAGGGAUUCUAUCAACAUGACGAACGAACAAAGGCAAGCAAAAAGCCUUACAUCCAAUGCAGUAUAUAGAAUAGAUAACGAUUGUCGAUAGUAAUAAUGAUAAUGCGCAAGGCCCGGUUAAUUUGGUCAACAGUAUGUGUACAGAUAGAUCACUUGGUUAUUUUCAUUGUAGGUGCUUUUUCAAAUCGUUAAGAAACUGUUGCACGAACAACGCAGGGCGCUGGAUCAGCGUUUUCCAUAACAUUUUAACAACACAUCUAGUUGUUAUCAUUGUUAUUCUGUAAUGUCGACUUAUCAUCACAAAUAUACACAUAAAUUACAAUUGUCACUAAUAUUUUCAUGCUUUUAUUAGAUCAUAUGCGAUCGGUUGAAGUCUUGUUUCUAUCAUAAUAAAACAACAGUUCGCAAGCUCAUCAAGCGAAAUGCGCCUUUUGUUUCGAUCUUGCGAGAAACAACCUCCAUCACAGACCGUCCAUUCUUUUCUGUACUGAAACAUGUAUUGACGUUUUUAAGUGCACGUAUACAUCUGUAGCACAUUGUGUCUAUACGUGGUGUCGAUUGUGCGGCAGACGAUCAAUUCCAUUAUUAGGGCAUUGAGACCAGCAUCAUAACUAACAUGGUGAUUACGUGAUUUCUCCAUUAUGAGUAAUCCUUACAAAUGGCUCUGUCUGUUCUCCGUGUACGCUAUGAAGCCAACAGGUGUUAAUUUUUCUCUUUUCUUUAUCAACACCCUGCAAGACAGGAAUGACAAGCACACCAGCAAUAACGUUAACCGAUUACCGCUAGCACGUCAUCAUCGCCGCAAUAACCGAUUACCGUUGAUCCUAAUAAUUUUAUCCUAUCACGCGUCGCGCAUUCGUCAUCUGUGUCAUCAAGGCGUUAGUUCAACAAAUAUGUUGCGUUUACUCGAUUGCAGCGUUCGAUCUUUGAAAUUGCUCGAGAAAUAGCACCUUUAUUACCAUAUCAUUGUUGGCGCCGUCGCUGCCUCUGCUGCUUCCACAAACAAGUGUUUAUAACUCACUCUGCUUCCUCGUCCGAUAUCGCUAUUCCAGUCCUUGUCGACGUCUCACAUGAGGAAAAAAAGUAGGUUAGUAACAAGGUUUUUUGCCUGUCGACCAUCACUAUUAUCAUCAUCAUCUUUCAUAUGCAACACCACGUGCGAACCUCACCCACGAGCAUCAUUACCACAACGAACAUUGCUUUCGAAUUAUACCUAGGCUUUUUCCUGCCUUUUGUUACACGCAACUUAGAGCACAGAAAAGGGGGACUGGGGUAAACAUGUGAUAAACAGGCAGGUGUGUGCGUCUUUGCGGAUGGCAGAAUAGUAUCAGCAUGCGCGCUUACGAAACAACAGAGAGUAACAAGUAGCACCAUCGUCUUCGCCGCUAUAGGCUAAAGAACUCGUGUUGGAAGAUGAGUCAAAGGUCGUGCUUGUGGAGGCAGGGGCAGCAUUAUUUCUCAUUGCGAUAUUGUAGCCAUUCGCAACGGUAUUCAAAGGUGGCCAACUGUUGCGCUCGUCAGUUCCCGGCAAAUAUCCUUGCAUCUAUGUAAUUGCGUUACGCAAUUGUUACAAUUAUUAUUGUACAAUACACCUGGUAAUUAGUCAACGAUCUUAGAGUUUUCUCUCUCUAUUCUAUAUUUUCUGUUUGUUCUACACAAGUCGGUGUAACAGCCGUAACUCAGUCCGGGGCUGUGGACACAGACGCUGCCUCCUCAAAUAUAAAACUAGUGACUUGUUAACUGUUAAGAUAAUUAUCAUAUUGGAUGGAUAGGCUACAAA